AUGUCACGGGCAAUUACGUUUUCUACAUUUUUGUUGAUUCCAGCAUCGACGUUGUUAUUAUUAUGUUGUCUUUCUGUUCCUAUUACAAGAUUGGUGUCUCUUGGAUCACUCUCAGAUCUUCGUUUUGGUAUUUUUGGAUAUUGUUUUCUUAAAGGAGUUUGUAGUUCAAUACAAUUGGGAUAUAAUUUGGAUGCUGCAAUAUCAUUAAAGCCUAAAUAUACCUCUGAUUUUUAUUUUUCAUUUUAUAAGACUCCGAAGCUUUCUAAUGCUCUUAUUUUACACGUGGUAGCUGCUGUGCUAACGAUGAUUACACUUUUUUUUUCAUUGAUUGCACAUAUAGAGGGGCCCAGUAAAAGUGGAUUUUUUUUGGUUAUUGUUCUUAUUGUUUCAUUGCUUGCUAUUCUUGCUUCUUUGCUAAGUUUUGUUAUUGAUGUUUUAUUUUUUAUUCCGCAUUUGGAUUGGGGUAGUUGGGGUGUACUUGCUGCCUUGAUUUUAAACACAUUGGUAUUUGGUCUUGUUCAUCUUGCCAGAAAACAUCUUGCUGUUUCUCAAACAGAAAAAAUCAAAACAGCUUUUUCAUAUCAUUCUCAAAGAUGUCCUGAGUCUACUUUUGUAUAUAAAAGUUUUCCUCCUCCUAGACAUCCAAAUAUUCCUGUUAAAAAAAAAAAAAAUGAAAAGGAACGUAUUGAUAAAAAUAAAUCUAAUUUGGAUUCUGUAAAACAUUCUAAUAAUGAUACUACAACUUAUACAUCUAACUUGAAAAAAUUGGAGCUGCCUCCUAUUAAUAUUCAUUUCGACGAUCAUCAUAAGAUGUCUUCUAUAAAUUUUUUAGAUCCUGCAUAUUGUAAUUUAGAAUCUCAUUCUGAUUCACAUUUUUCAGGUCAGUGUUCAAAUAUAAAUAAUAAAGAUAAGCACAAAGAUAAUGAUGGGGUAUAUAAUUCUCAUUCAAGACGAGACGAUGUUUCUCGCGAAAGAACGAUUUCCUCUGAUGAACAUUCAAAAGAGCAUUCAAAAUAUCGUUCUAGGGAUCCAAGAGAACAUAUAAGGGAACAUAGAAACCCAAGGGAAUAUAUGAGGGAUCCAAGAGAAUCUACAAGAGAUCCAAGAGAAUGUCCAAGGGAUCCAAGAGAUCCAAGAAGUCAUAUAAGAUAUUAUUCAACUGAUAUGCCGAGGGAUUUUUCUAGAGAUCCUUCAAGAGACCGCCUGAGAAAUUAUCCAAGAUAUCAUUCGAGAUAUCAUUCAACAGAUAUUCCAAGACAUCAUCCAAGAGAGCAUUCAGUUGAUAUUUCGAGAGAACCUCUAAGAGAUUCAAGAGAACCUGCAAAAGAGUUUUCGAGAGAACAUCCAAGAGAAUAUCCAAGGCAAUAUCCGAAAGAGUUCAUAAGGGAGUACCCUAGAGAAUUUCAGAAGGAGCACUUAAAAGAACAUGUAAAUGGGCAUUCAAGAGAACAUUCAAAAGAUCAUUCAAAGGAACAUUCAGUAUCACAAACUCGUUCUCAACAAAAUUCGAAUCAUAGAGUUGCACAAUAUCCUCCAUCUAAGCCUCUUUGUCAUGGAGUUGAACCUGAAGGUGAUUCAAAGCCUUUAUAUGAUUCUGUUGAAAAAGGGAAGCCUUGUGAUAAUUUCAAUAACUUAUACGAUGAAUAUGUUCCACCAAGGCAAUCAUGGAAAAAUUAUCCAUUAUCACAAAAUGGGUAUACAUUUUCCGAAGGAUCUGUUGAAGGGCAACCUGGUUCUUCUUCAAAUUAUAAGGCAUGGGUCGUUGAUAAAUCAUGUGAGAACAAUUUCCAAGUACACAAUUAUGUAUCACAAAAUCAUGCUUAUGCUCCUCGUUCUUAUCAAAGUGCUAAUUAUCGGUUCCCGGAUAAUGUAGAACGUUUACAGUCCUCGAAUGAUCAUGGUCGUAUACAUCAGAAUUAUCGAAGUAAUAAUUGUCUUCGAAGACAGGGAUCUCCUUCUAGACUAAGAUCACCGGCUGAAUCUACUAGUUCACAUUUCACUAGUAUAAGUCAGAGAGGGAUAAAUCCAAAUUGGGUACCUCCUAGCAAAGAGCAAGUAUUUCGAACAACGAAUUCUAAACAAAAUAUUACUGAUACAGCCUUGGCCAAUAAAUCGAAUUAUGGGGUUUCCAGAAAUCCACAUAAGAAUAUGGGCAUUGUCGGAAGUAUUGGUGCUUGUAGAGUAUUUCUAAAUCAUAUUACUAAUGCUGAAUAA